AUGGACUCUCUGGGUCUCUCGAGCUCCGAAGGUUACGGCAGUUACGUGCACGUUCACCACAGCGAUGCCGAAACAAGCGAUGAACUCGGCCGAGCAACAAGAUCGACGGGUGACGCUGAGCAUGAGAACUUUGCGGAUGCAUCUGGCCAAGACCUAGAGCGUCACUGGCAGGCCUACCAGAACGGUCUGCACGCUGAUCAGUUCGGCUCCUCGCAAUCCUCGACGUCAGGGUACAGCCUGCAAUCCGGAGCUGGUCCACCAUACGCUACCAAUGGCCAACAUACGCACCAAACCCAAGGAUUCGAGUGUGUACACGCUUUCGAACCUCCUCAGAUAUCUGCCAUGGAUGCUGAGACGAGCGGCAGCGACCAUUAUUCUCAGUAUGCUGCGCCGUCUAGAUACGACGGCCAAGGACCGGGGUUCACGCAGCCGCUUUACAACUUCCCCGAUGCCGCAGAGCCCUUCCUCACUUACAAUUCUUACAUGCAAGACAACAACACGAUGCUUGCCCCUCGGGGUCCAGUCGCAGGAUAUCCGGUAGGCUCGCGACCCGCAGAGUACCAUCAGGGAGAUCGGAAAAGACACUUGGAACAGCAAGUCGAUCAGUGGAUGGAUGUACUCAACACAGCCGGCAUCCAGGCGAGUGGGGAGGGUCUAGCGUGGAUACCUUACGCCCUUCUGGUUGUCGACCCGGUAGUCAAUCGGCACGCACAAGACAUGCCACUGGCCCAGCUAGUCACAACCAACAGGGACAAAGUCAGGGGUGUCUGA